UUUCUUGCAUUCAAACAAGAAAAAGAAUUCUCUGACGAACUUUUGUUUAUCUUCAGGUGCGAUUCGCGUUUUCAUACGAUCUAAAAUUUCAAGUUUGAACUUGGAAGAAAGCUGUCGCGGCCGAAUUAACUUGUUUCUUGGAGCUCUUAUGACAAAAGGCUUAAUGACAGUCACGUGUCGUUACGUGAAGCAAGAACGUGACAUCUUCACCGAAAUAGUUUACCUUUUCUUCAAAUUAGAAGCUGACAACGUCCGCUCUUAGUUUCACUCCUGAACGGGAAACAUCCCAAAACUUCUGACACCUUAAAGCAACUGAAAGCUUUUGGUAUGCUUUCGGUAUAGCAUCGAUCCAAGUGCCAACUUUUUAACGCAGGUGAACUCGAAUUUCGCAGUUUCGUUUUCAUGUUCCUGUGCGGGCGGACUAAAUUUCAAGCUGGUCUGUUUUGCAAACAAAAGAAUUGGAGCCACUGGAAUCUCCGAAAAAAUCAAAAAUUUUGACUUUGAGUGUUUUGACAGCUUGACAAGCGGACAAGCUUUUCUUCCGGUCAAUUUUAGAGCUGGAUUUUCUUCAAGCGCGAUGGAUUUCAUUUUCUCCGACGGAGGACCAAGAUUGACGGCUUCACGGCGAAAUGACGAUUGAAAUCGGCCGAAUAAAGCUCUUCAACUGAUAGAAGGUGCAUUGAAAAAAGGCCUGCACCAGUAAUGUCCACUCCCAAAAUAUCCUUUAGCAGUCAUUAUUUAUUGGAAUCAGAGCUUUCACCAAAAGUCAAUAUUGCCAUGUCCACAGAGGAGCUACCUGACAAUGACAACUACACUGGUGAGUCAUCAGAGGAAGAUGAGGUUGAUUGUACUGUUGGGAAGAAUUUUGAUGCAGCAGUGUUUGAUUUUCUGAGGGUUCCACCAGAGGAGUUUGCUCAACAACUCACAAUUUUGGAUCUGGCUGUUUUCAAGGUGAUCAACCCAGAUGAACUAUCAGGAGUUGGCUGGACCAAAAAACAAAAGAUUGAGCUUGCACCAAACAUUGUUGCUUUUACAAAGAGGUUUAACCAUGUCAGCUUUUGGGUGGUGAGAGAAAUCCUGAAUGCCAACAAGACAAAGACAAGAGCUACUGUCCUCACUCAUUUUAUCAAGAUAGCAAAGAAACUUUUUGAGUUAAACAAUCUUCAUUCCUUGAAAGCUGUCAUCUCUGGACUUCAGAGUGCUCCUGUGUAUAGACUGAACAAUACUUGGGCGUUAAUUCAGCGCAAAGAUAAGGCCCAGUUUGACAGAUAUGCAGAACUUCUUUCUGAAGAGGAAAACAGGAAGCAACUAAGGGACUACUUGAGUUCAGCGAAACUGCCAUGUAUUCCAUAUCUUGGUAUGUACCUGACAGAUUUAACUUACAUCGACACGAUACAUCCCAAUACUGGAGGAAUAGAUGAGGCUAGAACUCACAAGAUGAAUGAUGUCAUCAGACUGAUCUCAGAAUUCCAAAGGUCAACUUAUGAUGACCUUGAGCCAGCAGCAUACAUUCAAACCUAUCUAAGUUCUGUCAACUAUAUCGACGAACUGCAGAAGUUUAUGGAGGAUGACAACUACAAGUUGUCUCUUCAAAUUGAGCCAAAAGCAAGUUCAUCAAACCUGAAUGGCAAAGCCUCAUCCAGAUCAAGAGAGAGCAUUAGUGUUAUUCCAAGCAACUCUCCAGCCCCUCCAAAGGCAAAAUUUGUUCGAGGACAUAGAAAGGCGCACAGCUUAGGGACUAAUGUGUUCAGUAUUGUUGGAGGAGGUGGUUUAUCUUCAUCAGAGUCUCUGAGCUGUAGUAUAGCAAGCAGCACAGGAUCAAAGAAUCUCCUGGAUGACAGUGAGCCUUUCGACGAUAGGUCUUCUUUGGGAAACUUGACGCCUUCAGACAUAGCUUUGGACAGCCGAAGUAUGAUUAGUUACAAUGGCAGUGAGGACUACAAUCUGUGUCCACCAGAUCGAGAGUUUGUUAUUGAAGGUUUUGUCAAAAGAAAGAAAUGUCUAAAGGAAGGCAAGAAGAUGACGGUGUCGUCAUGGCAGAAAUUCUGGGCAGGACUUGUCGGAAGCUGGCUUCACCUUUUCCUUCCCCGACAUAGAACCUUCACUAGGCGGGACAGAGCUGCUUUUAAAGAAAAGCCCGAGAAAAAGGUGAACAUUUCUGAUUUCUCGGUUGUGUUGCUGGAAGAUCCGCGCCAUCCGGAUACUUUUCAACUUACUGAUGACAAAAAAGGAAACUCUUACAAGUUCAAGGUGGGAUCCAAAGCAAAUGCAUCGAUGUGGUACUCUUACUUACGAGGGGCUGCAAAACCUAGACAGGAACACAAGGUUCCACAGAAUCUAAUCACCUUCGAGGAAAGUGAAGAGAAUCAAAGCUAACGAAGCUUACGGGAUUGAAAUUAAUCAACACUUCGACGCAGUACGAAAGGUCAAAGGAUCGUCUUUGAGUUAGACUAGCUGAACAACGACAAUCAAAAGAAACAUGAUCCCAGACAGUUACUAAUGACUUGCUGUGAGCAGUGCGUUGCAGUAGCCAAUCAAAACGGCAGACAGCAAGUCACGUGGUACCUCCUGAUACCCCAAAUAUGGUGAACUUUGUGUGACGUAUCCCAGUGAAGGGAUGUUUUCUUACCAAGGACGAAGCUGACUGCUAUGACUGUUGACUAAGUUAGGAUAAGUGUGGUGGUUUUUAUUUUCUAAAAGUAGAAAGUUUGCGUUUCAUGGCAAAAUGUUUUCAUUGAUAUGUUUUAUAUGAGCUAGCUUGCGCAAAGAGUUGGGCAGUCAGAAAGCGCUAAGAUUUUUGUUUUUAUAAACUAAUUUAAGUAUAAAUUACAUUAUUUAAUAUUUGAUAACGGAAAAAUAUUGCCCAAAGAAUCACUUUUUAUCAUAUUGAGAUUGAAGCUAGGCAGUGGUUCGUGCUGCUGAAAGCAUUCUGUGUUAUUUCAAUCUACUUUUUGUUGAACUUUUAGCCGAAUUUUGUGCACUAUGGCGUCGAAGGUAAAUUUCAGCCCCUAACUUCUAUAUUGUUUCUUAAGAACCCGAAAAUACCAACCUGGACAGCUCACAAUUCGAUGUUCGCUAAGUUUAAUUUAACAAGAUGCGGCGUCGUUGUCGUGUUCAACAAGGUAAUUAAAACGCAAGAAAUUUUUUAUAAAUAUUUCAGAAGAUUCCCAAGAAGUAUUCGACAGUUAUUAACUGAUUGACAGAAGCCUGCUUAAGUCCAUGACUUCGAAUUAAGCUUUUAUAUUAGAUUUCCAUUUUAUUGAACGUUACCGUUCUAAUUUUUUAUCGAGCAAGCAAUAGUUUAUUACUUUUUUUUCUUUUUCCUUGGACUUGAGACGCAAGAGGCUAUUUAUUAUGCAACGUCAUGUCAACUUUUCUAUUUGAUUUUACCAAUGGAUACAAAGCUAUGGCGAGAUAUUUCAAAUGGAGUUAUUUUGUAAGAACCUUCUUUAUGCGAAUAACAACGAAUUUUGUUAAUCCGCCAAAAACCGGCAAGAGGGUUUUGUUAGUUUUAUACGUUGAGGAAGGAUAACUAAAGCAAUAGAGCGGUUUUUUGUCUGGGUGACGUAAAACUCACCCAGUCAAAACAUCGUGAAGGCUAUCGUUCUUAUGUUAUGUUUUGUUGAAGAAUGGGGACGAUGAACGCUGAUCCCAUUAUCUAAGUGAAGACUAAUUGACUAAUUUUACUCAGGCUCUUGGGCGAAAAUAAAGAUUUAGUUGAAAA